AACAUUCAAAUAUCAGUCGUUCACGAUCAAAUGAAAAUGAUGGAACCAAGUACUACAUUUAACUUUGCUGUCAGGGUAAAAGAUGAACCUGCAGAUGGAUGGCAGAGUGAAAAUAAUUUUGAGAUUUCUGACACGACUCCUGAUACUUCAGUGAGGACUCGUGUGCUUCAAGAGAAUGACGAAAAUUCUGAUGUUGAUGACAGAAUAGAGAUAAUUCUUGAAUGUGAAGACGUGAAGCUGGAUAUGAAAUUACUCGUAGUUAAGAAGAAUGAAGAGGACUCUUCACAAUACUUGCAAGAUACGGAUGGUAACAACUAUAAUCAAACUCAUAAAAAAGUUAAAAUAGAACCUGCAGACGAAGUGAAAAAGGAAAUAGAUCUGAAUUUCAACAAUGAACUCAUCCAGGCGCUUGAUACACGCGAAAAAUCAUUUACCCGAGAAAGUGUUUUAAAACGGAAAGUUGAAUCAUCGCAUAGUAUAACCUAUUCAUGUGACAAAUGCGGAAAGGCAUACUCAACUAAGAGUAAUCUCAAAACUCACAUAGAUUCUGUGCACAAAGAUGUCACUUAUGAAUGUAAUAAAUGUAGAAAGUCAUUUUCACGAAAGGAUAGUCUCAAAAAACAUAUUAGGACGAUGCACAAUGGUGUGAAACAUGCAUGUGAUAUAUGCCCAAAGACAUUCAGUACAAAGACUAAUCUCAAAAACCACAUCGAUUUCGCGCACAAUAAAAUUACGCAUGCGUGUGAUACUUGUGGAAAAGCAUUUCUCCAUAAAUACAGUCUCAAAAAGCAUAUGAAUGUGGUGCAUAGUAGUAUCACACACGCAUGCGAUGUGUGUGGAAAGACGUUCAAGUACCAAAAUACACUCAAAUUCCACGUCGAUGUAGUACACAAUGGUGUCACAUAUACGUGCGAUAUGUGCAGAAAGGCAUUCACGCUAAAAGAAAAUCUCAAAAAACAUAUUAGGACGAUGCACAAUGGUGUGAAACAUGCAUGUGAUAUAUGCCCAAAGACAUUCUGCACAAAGACUAAUCUCAAAGUCCACAUCGAUUCCGUGCACAAUAAAAUUACAUACGCAUGUGAUAUUUGUGAAAAGACAUUCUCAACUAAAGGUAACCUCAGAUGCCAUAUGGAUGAAAUGCAUAAUAGUAUCACAUAUGCAUGCGAUGCGUGUGGAAAGACGUUCAAGCGCAAAUAUAAACUCAAAUUCCACGUCGAUGUAGUACACAAUGGUAUCACUUAUGAAUGUAAUGAAUGUGGAAAGUCAUUUGUACGAAAGAAUACUCUUCAAAGACAUAUCAAUACGUUGCACAAUGGUGAUGCUCAUCCGUGUGUUGCACGUGGAAAGACAUUCGCUCGAAAGAGUGAACUCAAAAAUCAUAUGAAUGCGAAGCACAAGGAUGUCAAUCAUCGAUGCGAUGUAUGUCAAAAGACAUUUGCGCGAAAAGACAAUCUUCGAAUCCACGUUAAUGCAAUGCACAAAGGUGUUACUUUUCCAUGCAAUGUUUGCGGAAAGAAAUUUUUAUAUAAAACCAACCUCAAUAGGCACGUUAGAUCGCCGCAUAUUGGUAAAACUUAAGAACGCAUUAAAUUUAUAAAUUUAAAUUGUGACAAAA